GACACCACGGCACCUGCGCCUUCCAAAGGCAAGAGCUCUUCGGUAGCAGCCGACACUGCGGCUGCGAAGAGCUCCUCAGGAGAUCCGGGAGCAGCCGAAUCCAGCACCCCGAGUCCGCCUAAGGGCAAGAGCACGGGACCAGCCGUUCCGGCACCUGCUGCCAAGAUGGGGAAAGGCCGCGGCAAGCGGAAUCCGAGAGAUCCGGAGUCCAACACCACGCGGAAGCGCAUAGCCGGUGGAUGGCAAAGCGGCUUUGAGAAGUACACACAGAGACCGCCUCCAGGAGCUGGCCCCGUGGCUGCACCGAAGGCUUCGGUGGCAGUCGGCCGUGCGGGUGCUCCGAUGGCCGUGCCCAUGGGCUCCAUGGCAUCCGGAGACUUGCUUGUCAAAGCACGGGGUUUUCCUAAGAAAAAUGCCAUGCAUGCCAUCCUUUCACCUCCCAAUCAAGGCUCGGGUGCGGCACUGCCGCCUCCACCGCCGCCUCGAGCACCGGGGCCCAUGAUGGAAGGCGGCUCUGUUUCCGCUUACAGCCAGCGCUUCAAAGUUUGGGCCAACCUCUCGACCGAAUUCAGCUGGUUGCGGGACAGAGUCGAUCUGGAGUUCCGCCGGCGUCACAAGCUGGACGUCGCGUUGCCGUCGAGUCCGCCGCUUUCCCUCGACGGUGACGCGUUCCAGCUUCAGCGAGCGCUCCAGGCAGCGGUUUUUUUUCAUAAUCAGCAUGCCAUGUUCAUGUCCUUGUGA